AUGCGCCCCUCCAUGCAGUUCAGCCGGGGAGAAAGAAAGGUGGAGAGCUGUUCCUCCCAAUUACCAAUACACAGAAUGAAGGAACGGAUGCCCAGAGAUGUUAGAAACCCCAAGACCUUGAAAGACGCGGUCAGGUGCGUCAAUGGCGACCGCCCGUCUGCUCUGGAUUGGCUCAUUGGCAUUGGAGGCGAAGCUGAACAUCGUCCCGAAAUCCCGUCAGACAACUUUGGCGCGGAGACGGCGUGCGGGUGUCUCAGUUUUGCCGGAGACUACCCGGCCUUUUGGCGAUAUUAUCGCGGGCUUCUGCCGUGUCGCUGA